UCUCUCUCUCUCUCUCUCUCUGUUUCUUCUCUCUCUUUACGUGUGUGUCUUUUCUUUUAUCUCCAUAUAUCAAAUUGUAAUAAAUUAAUUAUUCUGAUCAAACACAAUUAACCGAUCAUCCAGAAGCAAAAGCGAUCGUUUUCUUCCCCGGCAAAAUUUCCAGGCUUUAUUUGCAUAUCUUACCAUACGGUCACAGAGUUAAAGGCCCUGCAAGGACCCGAAGACAUAAUACUUUUUCUUUAUUGCUGACCGCUUGAGAGAGACUUUUCGGUUCACGCUAGGGAGGCUGGUGGCUUAUUGUUGUCAGAUGAAGGAUAUUGCCCUAGAGUCAUAAGAAUGGGUUUCCUGAGCUAAAUAGUUCAAAUUAGGGCUUUGUUGGAGUUGACUUGAGCUUAAUAUUGGGCCUGAUGAUCAAAUGUCAUUUUCAUUGACAUUUCUUACCUUUGACACGACAUAAGAUUAUGCGAGGGCUUGGAAUGAGGACAGAUUACAAGUACAGGUGAGGGUUUUGGUACCUACCUUUCUCAGUCCAGCCAUAUCUAUCUGUAGUACUUAUUUUAAGGAACAAUUUCCUCAUCUUACAUUGUUCUUUUGGUUUCCAGCUUUGCUCUAGCAUCUUACUGCUCUUCCUCUCUUUUUCCGUGUCUCAGUCCGGAUUUCUUAUUCUCGUCUCAGAUCAUUAGGAUACGGUCAUAUAAUUAUAUUUCUGAUUCUUUUUAUCUUUCUUACUGAAAAUAACCUGGGAGCUCGUGCAGGGUAUUUAAAAGGUGGAUAGCUAGCUAGCUUUGCUAUUCUAUAGACCUCAAUCACAAAUGAUGUUGCAGGCAACAUUUUGGUCAAUCUGGCAGGUUAUGAAGAUAUUUCAUUCUUAUGGUGUUCUUAUUCAGAUUCAUUAGUCUGAGCUGCUGCUAUUGCAGUCUCCUAUCCUUCAACCUUUGAGCCUGAAGAGCUCAUAGGAAAUGGAUUCUGCUAUCUUUGCAGAAUUGAUGACCUUGCACUGUGAAAAUCACCUAUACAAUUAAAUUGCUUCUCUGAAGGUUGAAAACCUGAAGUUCGUUUACUGGCUGCUGCUAACUGUGGGUGAGAAGUUGUUGAAAAACUGAAGGUCAUUUACAGGCUGCCACUAUCUGUGAGUGAUCAUUUGUUGAAAGACUGAAAUUCAUUCUACAACUGCCACUAACUUUCGGAUUAGUUGUGGGACUCCUUUGCUUUAUGACAACUGCUGGUUGUAUGGGGCCACUUUCACUUGGAAAGAGUGUCUUGGUUAUGCCCCUUUUUGAUUGAUGAUAGGGGAUGAGGUUCUUGCUGAUCGUGCUGCUUUCAAAGCACAUUUUGACUGGGAUUUGUGUCAUGUUCCUGCGGAUUGGGUCUGUUGGUAGUGACAUGGGGGCAGAGGUGGUGCCAUCUAGAUCUGCUGCUUGUCCGUGCACACUUGGAUUGUUUGCAGGCGAAUAACACUAAAUGGGGCACAAUAGAAUGUGUGCUAAUUGGACGGUUUGCAACUUUAUUACUACAUUCCUCUUAAGGCUCAGGAGUAGAGGCACUGAGCAGAUACUUAGUGCUCGCUAGACGCAAUGUUCUCUCUCUUUUCUCACUGACAGCUGAUCACCUUAUCCUGAUUCAUUUGUAUGCUGGUAAUUCAUUUAGUUGAGCCUGUUGACCUAAUGAACCUGUGCUCCUUUGAAGUCUUAGGUUGUAAUCUUACUCUAUUUGUGGCUUAGAACGAAAUAAAGUGAGAGCAAUCCUGAUUAACAGAUUCUCUGAGUGGCAUCACAAUACACAACUGGGGUUGCAAUGGAUGGUACAUUUUCUUAGUGGCCCACUAAGAUGUAGCCAUUGAUGCUAGUAUAUUGCUAAGUGUGCUGCAAUUAUUUAGAGCACUUAAUCGUAAUGUUGCUUGGUCUACCCAAUAUUGGAGGACAGCUACCAUAGUUGGUUGAGAUGAAUCAGAAAACACAUGUAGUACCAGUUAGCUCUGUCUUAUGGUUGAACUCCCAUUGAUGUAAAAAAAUCUCCAACUGCUGUUGCUUCUGUAGCUACAAGGAUUUCUCCUAUUGUUCUUUGGGGCUUGUUGAUGCCCUGCAAUAUUCAUCUUUUUGUACUACCCACAAUCUUCUGAGGUGGUGUCUCUUUUAUUUUACAUUGCAAGUAGAUGCAAUCAUGGAAGGCUUUUUACAGCCAUUUCACAGUUUUUGCUUCUACUCACCAUUUUGACUAGGCAAUACUUCGUUUUAAACUCAUUCAAGCACGAAGUACCUCCGGUACUGUUAACAAAAUUUUUUCCUUUCUCUCUCUGACAAGAUUAUUCCUUUGCUUGUCUUGUACACUCAUUGUCCAUUAAGUUUCUGUCUUUCUGAGUAGUCAAUCUUUUGCUUCUUCUCAUACAAACAUUAACAAUUGCGUCUUUGUAAAUACUCUCUUAUGUUCUUUACCACUGGUGUAUCUCAUACAAACAUUAAUAAGUGCUUCCAUAGAAACUCUCAGGCUCCUCCCCCCACCCGUUGCUCUUGGUCCUGCAUUUGUUUGAGUUCUGCACCUUGAAGCAGUCAUUAACAGAAAAAUUGAUGGAUUCAUAAAAUUGUAGUGGCUUCUUCUUAAUGGAACAUAUUUCAGUGAGACUGCCAUGGGAUAACAACAACAACAACAACAACAACAACAUACCCAGUAUUAUCCCACACCGUGGGGUCUGGGGAGGGUAGUGUGUACGCAGACCUUACCCCUACCUUAUGAGGAUAGAGACUGCCAUGGGAUGAGGGGAACCAAAUUGGCCUUGUCUAUUUGGUGGCAUGGCUCGUCAAAGGUACUUGUGGUGAUAUGUUUCUCCUUUUAGCUUUAUAAAUUAGCUGCCUUUAGUCACUUCAUAAACAAUGAGCUGUCUUUAGUAUUUUCUAUCUUCUAGUUGAAACAGGAGUAAUCAAGUGGUUUAGCUUGUGUGCUUGUUUCAUAUUCAAUUUUGAGUAGUUCAAUAGGAAUGGAUCAUAGAUAUCCAUCCUCAGGACAGAUCUUACUCUUUCCCUUUUCUCAUCCUUACUGAGUUAACUUUGCGAUGGAAAUUAUCAUAACUGCAUCAAAUUUGGGUAAUAUGAUUAUGUGCAUAGGAGUAUCAUUACUACCAUUAGCUUGCUUAUUGUUCUCUAGUCUCAUAUAUUCAGACAACUUAUUUACUGUCCAUGAACGAUAGUAGCAUAAAGUUUUACUGAGCUUAGAAGUGAUUCGCAUCAUGGAUAAUCCUAUAGAAUUCAAUGGUGGUGUUGUUGCCUUUAUAACAAUACAUUUUCUCCAUUGCAAGUAAUUAAAAAUAAAUUAGUUCUAUUUAUCAAAAACAAAAAUCAAUUUCUCCUAAGACUUAAUUGGAGGAGUUAUGUUAGUCAGGUAAAAGGAUAUUCUUCAGCUACCCGAGCGAUUCUAGGGCAUAUAUUUCUACGUAUAAAGAAAACUAGCUGUAAUUGUCCACAUAUAAUGGUCUUAACUCCCUAAAAGAAACAAAGGAGAUAAACAUAUCAGUCCCGUCUCUCCUGUCUUUAGAGGAAAAUUGAGGAUGAAGUUAGAUAUAUUAUGACAAACUUUUAUCUCUUAUGAGCUUCUGUUGGGUUCUAGGAAGUUACUGUCAUUAGAGUUUUAUUCCUUUUUAUAGGUCAAAUAAAUUUCUACUCUUCCAAUAUCCAUAUUGACGUCCAAAUGGUCUUUGCAUCACCACCCCUCAAACAGGAGGUUAUGGUAAGACUUCUUGGAGAAUCAUUUGAAAAGGUCAUCUUCCAUUCCUUCUUAUCGCCGUAACUCUGUAAAGCUUAUAUACCUGUGAGGAAAUCUUUCCACAUUGUCAAUUUUCAGUGUUAUAUACUUGUCUAAUUCUUUUUUGGUUGACAGUCUCAUUCCUUAUUAUGAAUCUCCAACUACGGCUUCCUUUGCAGUUGUGAUUCCAAAGAGACGAGAAAAUUCAGCUGUUAGAACGGUAUGACCAAGCCAACAUUGAAUACAGUUUUCAUUCCUAAAAGAGAUUCCUAUGAACCUCAUGAAAUCCUUUCUCUUCAUAAUCUUUUCCAUUAAGCUUGUUUUAUAAGAGAGAGUUGCCACUUUCCAUAACCAUCCAAAAAUAUGUGGUUAUACUUUUUUUCUUGAGAAAGGUAACGAUGUUAUAUAUCAUUAGCACAAAGACAGUGCUAAACCCCAUUUUUACAAAAAGAGCAAAAGUGUUCCCUUAGUUCUUACAAGUUACAGGGAAUCUAUGAUGUGUAACUUUGAAUCUAUUUUUUAGAAAUUCAUAUCCUUUUCGUUGAUCAGUUCACUCCAUCGAGCUUUCUCUUCUUUUUCUAGCUUCCAUAACCAUCCCAAGAGGGCUCAGUUGAACAUAGUUAUUCUCCAAAUACCAAAACUACGAUUCCUACCGAGGCUCUUCCGAUCCUAUAGGGGCUCUAUCUCUCCCAACUCACCAGGUGAAAUUUCCUAUCUCAUUCAUUUGCCCUCAAAAAGGUUUUCAAGUUUUUUAGCCACCAAUGCUUGAUAAUGAAAAUGCUCGUUAGAGUUUCUUUAUCAAAGUAAUUCUCCCUCUUUUGACAUGCACUUUUUUUUCCCACUUCAUGCAUAUUCUCUUGAACUUUUCGCUAAUAGUAGCAACGGUCUCCAUUGUUGAAUUUGCCUCCCAGGGAAAGAGCUAGGUUUCUUGUAGGGAACUCGCAGCCACUCCUAAGUUGUAGUUAGAUCAUGGUUGUUGUGCACCUCCCAAAGGUAUUUUAACUCUAAUUUCAUCGUACUGAUUUUGAGCCAAUACACUGCUACAAAUGUCAAUAUCUUGAACAGUGAACAGAUUUGUCUCCAUUGAGGGUCAUAGAAAAUUAGUAUCAUUAAGUUUAUGGUAGAUCUGAUAUUUUAUUCUCUACUUUACUGGUAGCUUUUAUCGUAAAACCAUUCAGACACACUCCAUUUAUUGCUUUGCUUUUCCUGUGGCUUAUUGAGGAUCUCCAAGACAAUUUGGGAAGGUUAUGGGGAUAGAUGAUCUCAGCGUCGAGAUCCAGUCAUCAUUGUUAUUUUAACAUGAAUUGGCAACCAAAGAGUAGUAUAAAAAGUUGCCGGAACAAUGUUCUAAGGAGUGAUAACCUAACUUCAAUAUCAUGAAGAAAAAAAAAUAGCAUGUUUUGGAUGGUAGUAAAAACAUGAUGCUUGUUUAACAUUAGAUAAGCUUCAUAUUAUGAGGAUUUACUCUAUGCAGCACAUGUUUUCUAUGUGAACAAUCCUCUGAAUCAGUCACAUGUUUCUUCACUGCUACGGUAACGGUGCUACCAAAUGUUUCAGAUAUGGGCUCUGUUUCUAUACAUCUUUGGUGUUUUUUGGGUUAUGCCACAGAAUCUGAAGCAGUUGUUGAACUGCUGCAGAGAUAGAAAACAGGCAAAGUAAGAGACAGAUGUAUAAAAAAUAUAAUUAUGUGGUUCAGUGAAACUUCCAAAAUAGCAUAUCAACUAUUACGGAUAUACUAGAUUCCCUGAAUUUUUAGCAGUUUUGAAAAUUCUCCUUUUGUUUUUUCUCUUUAGUACUCCCUUGGUAGUGGUUAUUAAUUAAAAUUUUUAAUUUAAUAAAUAGAGAAACUAUAAAGAAAAAAAUGAGAAAAAGCUUUGGAGAAUAUUUUGCUCGAAAUUCUUCUAGACUAGUGGCCAGAAGAGAUGGUGCCACCGGAAAGGAUCUGGUCAUAGAGACCAAAAUAGUAACUUGUAAAAAGAAGGGAAAAUUUUGAGUGGACAAUUUGCAAAAAGCCAUCUGCAUGUAUGCAGGAAGUUACUUAUCUGUCGAUCAAGUUUUUAGAGGCUUACCAUGUAAAAGGAGACAAGUAAUGAAGAGAACCUUCUUUGAAUUAGCAGUGAAAAACAUAUUAGACUCUUUAUAUUGGAGUUUGGGCUAAAAUGAGAUAAGGAAAUUUUGGAAUACAUGAAAUAAGAAAAUAUCUUGGCUGAAGAAUAUAUCCUAGUUCUUUGGAUUACAGAACCACAAAAUAAUAUUUCAUGCCAUUAACCGGAUGUAUUCAACAUAUAACAAUGUUAAUCCUCUUUACUUUUAACAUAAACUAUCAAAAGGAAAACAUGGUUUUAGCAUAUAGCAACAGUCAACUGCGUCAGAUUGGCCAAAUCAAGAGCUUAUGUCUUGUAGCCAUUAAUAUUACGAGUUAGUUGUGUUUUGACUUAAUUCUGCAUGCUGAUAAAUAAGUUUCAGUGCAAGAAUUUUACCUCAUCUAGCUGUCUGAUCUUGAUUACUUUAUGUCAGGGGCUUGACAAUUUUAAUUCGAGCUUUUCUGUUUUGUUGUGAAAUCCCAAGCUUAAUCCCUGUUUUUCCUUAAAAUUACUUUUGAUAAGAUCUUUCGUCUAUGUUGACUUGUAUCUGUUAUUAGUUAGUAUCUGUACCAAGAUGUGAGUAGUUUGUGGAAUUCAUAAGUCUGAAAUUUGUUUGAUGAGAAAUUGUUUAGAAUUCAUGUCGGGGUUCUGAAGAUACAGGAAGAUUGACAAUAUUUUUCCAAUACGUUACUUAGCGUACUAAAGGGAGGGACAGGGAAAGGGAAAGGGAAAGGGAAAGAUAGAGUGAGAAAGUUAUAGAAUAUCAUAAAGGUGCUUUUCUAAGGUACUUUUAAAAUUAGCUUCAGCUGAUCAGUCAUGGUUGGUCGAUGUGGAUCUUUGAUGUGUCAUUUUGUGGUUUAUAGAUGAAUGGUCAAAAUUCUGGGUAACUUUUUAUAUCUCCUUUCUGUAUAAAGAAAUAAAAUGACAAGGUGAAACCAAAAGUGCAAAAUAAUUUUCAUCAUGUUUUCUAUGAAAUGACUUUUGUUAUUUGAAUGCAGUUUUUUUUUUCACUGAGAUAUAAAUUUAUUGCCGCAUUCACGUACAAUGGGGCACAGAAAUUUAUUCAACAUGUCUCAGAUAUUUGAGACAGAAGAUGAUCAGAGAUGGAAUCUUCCAGAGCAGCCACCUUUGUCUUUCGCACGGGCUGGUGCUCCUGAAAGCAGUAAUCUUGUUUAUCCAGUGGACAAUAUGUCAAUCGACGGGACACACCAUUCUGCUCAGGGGAGUUAUGCCUCCAGGCCAAGUGGAUAUUCUUCCUCGAAUCAAAAUAUGGAAAUUCCACACUGUCAGCCACAGGUUCAAGGUCCUCUUCAUGAUCCUUUUCUGCAUUCAGGUACUGGAGGUUUUCAUAUGAUCCAUGAGAGUUAUCCACAUCAAGCAUCUUCAUCAACCCAUGGAGGUCAGACGUAUCAUGGGGUGGAUGGUGGCCUCGUUGACCUCACAAUGGGCAGCGGGAGAGGGCGAUACAAACGUAAGAGUCCUGGUAUACCCGCAGGUGGCGAAAGUGGUAGUACGAGCAGAUACUUCGAUGCUGGCAGUUCAUCUGAUAUCCCUUCUGACUCUUGGCAUGAGAAACAAAAUCCAGACUCUCAUUACACGACUUGGGGUUUACAUCCUAGUUACAGAGGUAAUAAUCUGUCUAUUGGAGGUGAAGGUUCUCAAAGGAAUGUAAGAAGCAGAUCUGCAUUUGAUCUGCAAAGUAAUGUGGGAAGGGCACAUAUAACAAGUAAUCCUUCACAUCACUCUAACAGCAGUAGAACAACCACUGAUUAUUGUAGUUCAGUGAACUAUCUAGCUCCAAGUUCUAAUUCUUCAACAAGGGAAUGGAACCAUGCAGUCAUGCCCCCUGCUGUCACUCAUGGGAGGAAUUUCUCUUCUGAUACAGGCUUCUAUUGUUAUGAUAUGAACCACUACGAUAUGGUAACUGGCAAUAUAUCUACCUCUCUGGAGAUGGGGAGUUACCACAAUGAUUUCACCCCAAACAGAAGUUCCCUUCCUCAACAUUUGCCUGGCAACUUGCAAUCUUCGAGGGGAGUCCGAAGUAGCUACAUUCAAAGAUCUUCCCCUUCUUUCAGGACUUCGUCAAGCUAUUUGCGCCAUGGGCAUGUUGGUACUUCAGAUGACGCAUCACAGUUGUUUGCUGAAGGUUACUCCUCAAGACAUUCACGUCCAUUGUCUACUCUAGGACCACGCAGUAGUGACCGAAAUGGGAGAACUAGGAUAUCUAGUGAUAGGUACAGAUCAUUGGCUGGUGAGGCAGGUUUUCGUGAGCAACUUGCAUCUGAGGGUGUUAUUAUUCCAGAUCGCUCUACUUUAUACGGAUCCAGAAGCCUGUUUGAUCAGCAUAGGGACAUGAGACUUGAUAUUGACAACAUGGGCUAUGAGGAACUUCUUGCACUUGGAGAAAGAAUUGGUCACGUCAAUACUGGCUUGUCGGAGGAGCUGAUUUCAAAGUGCAUGACCGAGUCAAUUUAUUGCUCCUCUGACCAAAUUCAUGAGGAAGGAACUUGUGUUAUCUGUUUGGAAGAGUAUGUGAAUAUGGAUGAUGUUGGGAGCUUGAAAUCAUGCAGCCAUGAUUUUCAUGUCGGGUGCAUAAGAAGAUGGUUGUCGAUGAAGAACUCGUGUCCGAUCUGCAAGAAAACUGCAUUGGAUGACGAUAUGAAAGAAAAAUGAUCUAUUCAAGUAUGACCUAUUGACAUAAACUUGUGUAAAUAUGUAUUUAGACCAGACAAUUCUCAAAUGGGGGAACUAGUAUCACCUCAAAAUUUGUACAGCAAAUGUUUUCAUAUCAUCAGUCAUUUCUUUCAAAUGUUUAAAGGACCUUUUUGUUUGCACUA